AUGCCUUAUGGAACGAUUUUGGAACCAAUCAGACAACGUCGUGUCAAGAGUGAAUAUAAACCGUGGCUGACAAAUGAAAUUAAGCAAAUGAGCUAUCGUAGGGAUUACCUUAAAAAGCAAUCGAUUAAAUUAAGAUCUGCGUAUUAUGAUAACAAGAGAUGUAAAAACAAGUUAAAUAAUCUCAUAAAAGAAACUAAACAAGAAUACUUUAGAGAUAAACUAAGCAAUGCUAAAAAUAGCAAAGAAAGUUGGCGAACUAUUAACGAAUUAUUAAACAAAAAGCCUGAAACUUCAGAGGUUAAAGAACUAGAUAUAAAUGGCCAACUUAUUACUGACGAUGAUAAAAUUGCAGAUGCCUUCAAUCAAUAUUUUUCCACAAUUGGCAGUACGUUGUCUGACAAGAUCACAGGUAACUGCACUGAUCCAAUGAACUUUGUGACUCCUCUUGAUGGUAGUAUAUUCAACUUUACAAGCAUUACACUCCAAGAAACAAUAGAUGCACUCAAUGAAAUUAAAACUAAGAAAUCUCCAGGGCUUGAUGGUAUUAGUAUAAGGUUACUAAAAGACGCAUCUAACAUUGUGGCAGGACCACUAGUGAACAUAUUCAAUGUAUCCCUUCAAAGAGCAAUUUUCCCCAAUGAUUGGAAAUUAGCAAAGGUGACCCCCAUAUUUAAAGAAGGAAAUAAGGCAGACUGUGAAAAUUAUAGGCCAAUAUCUGUUAUUUCAGCUGUAGCUAAACUUUUCGAAAAACUGGUAUACCUGCAGCUAAGUUCAUUCUUGAGGUUGAAUGGCAUUCUUGUGGAACAGCAGUCUGGCUUCUGUCAUCAACAUUCUACUGAAACUGCACUGCUUAGUUCUACAAAUGAAUGGUUGUUCAAUAUGGACAGAGGUUUACUUAGCGGAGUUUUAUUUCUAGACCUUAAACAAGCUUUUGAUACUGUCGACCAUCAUAUUCUUUUAUCAAAGCUUGAAUUAUAUGGUAUUAAAGGAACUAGCCUGAAAUGGUUCGAAUCAUACGUUUCUGGUCGAAGCCAAAUAUGCUCUGUGAAUAGCAAGAUGUCAGCUGUUAGACAAAUAAAUGCGGGAUACCUCAGGGCUCUAACCUUGGGCCUAUUUUAUUCCUAUUGUACAUAAAUGAUCUUCCUAACUGUUUAGAGACAACUAAAGCAAAUCUUUUUGCUGAUGACACAAGCCUUUCUUGGGAAGGGUUUAGUCCAUAUGAAAUUGAGAUCAAACUUAAUAAAGACAUUGAAAAUGUUCAUAGGUGGUUGACAGCUAACAAGCUCUCAUUAAAUAUGAAAAAGAGUGAAUUUAUGAUAAUAGGAUCAAGACGUCGCUUAGCUUCAAUUGAAAAUAGCCCAGUACUAACAUUAGGGGGAAACAACAUUAAGCGAGUUUACCAAAAAAGUCACUAGGCAUGAUCCUUGACGACCAGUUAAAAUGGAAUAAACAUAAUGAAAUGCAAUGUAAAACAAUUUCAAAUAAUAUCGCCCUGCUGAAAAGAGCAAAAUUGUUUGUCAAUAGAGAUAGUCUGAUAAAAAUCUACAAUGCCUUAGUGGGGCCUCAUUUCAAUUAUUGUUCAACAAUCUGGAAUGAUGGAUGUUGUUCGAUAAUUGAUAAAUCGUUUAUACUGCAGAAGAGAGCAGCGCGUGUGAUAACAGGGGACACAUACGAGGUUCGUUCCAUGCAAACGCUAGAUAGUCUUAAUUGGCUUCCAAUAGAAGAACUUCUAAAACAACGACAGUUAAUAAUGACAUUUAAAGUACUAACUGGUCGAUUACCUCGAUACCUUGGAAAAUUGUUUUCAGUAAGUCAAAAUGACAAUUACAAUCUAAGAAGCAAUCAAAUUAAAUUGAACCUACCCAAACCUAAGACAAAUUUUCUCAAACGCAGUUUCUCGUAUAGAGCUGCUAAGUCCUGGAACGAACUUCCAAGUGAAACUAUUGAAAAUUAUAACAAUCUUUCAAUUUUGUCGUUUAAACGGCAAUUACUUAAUUCAUCCGUAUCAAUUCAUUGUAAAUAGUUAUAUUCUUUUUGUCCUUUUUAUAUUAUUGUUGUAAACACACGGCCCUUUGAAAACCAGCGCUGUAAAUAUUAUCUGCUGAACAGGCUACCGUGUUUAAAUAAUUUUAUUAAAGAUUAAAGAUUAAAGAUGGCGUAUUGCUCGUGUUUGAUAUUGUCGUGAUUACACUUGCUGGCUCACGCCUGCGCAUAAAAAGUCACGGACAUAAUUUUGGCUCAGUGAGACUUCUGGUCUUACUUUCUAUUCUGUGGUUAAAAAGUGAAGCAUCGCGUGAGCAGUGGCGUCAGCCCUCCACGCUGUUUCCACGCCAUAUAGUACGUCAGUUUCAGUCCCUUUAUACGCCAUCACCGCGCGGUCUGAUUGCCACGCCAUAUAGUACGUCAGUUUCAGUCCCUUUAUACGCCAUCACCGCGCGGUCUGAUUGCCACGCCAUAUAGUACGUCAGUUUCAGUCCCUUUAUACACCAUCACCGCGCGGUCUGAUUGCCACGCCAUAUAGUACGUCAGUUUCAGUCCCCUUAUACACCAUCACCGCGCGGUCUGAUUGCCACGCCAUAUAGUACGUCAGUUUCAGUCCCCUUAUACGCCAUCACCGCGCGGUCUAUCACGAAUCAGCACGCGUCAAGUGGCGUUGGCAUUGGCUUCACGUUUCUCCCGCAUGUUAUCAUUCCAUAUCAUAUUUAUCAUAUUUUAUCAUAUUUAUCAUAUUUUAUCAUAUCAUAUUUAACAUAUUUAUCAUGUUAUCAUAUUUCAUAUCAUAAAGGACAUCGAGUUCACUGACUUUGCAUGAUCACGAAUUAUGUUUCCACUUUUCAUGCGUGCCCUUUCAGAUCUGCCAUAUUGAAUUUGAUUGGGGAGUGAGAAUUACAAAUUAUAUCCCAAUUCUAUUAUUUCUAUGCAUCCAACGGUUUAACUUAAACGUGACUGAAAUUGUGAUCCGCCCAAUCUUGAGCAUCAGUCUUCUGUGAAUAGAAAUUCAAAUAAAAACAAAGAAAAUGGAAUAUUGGUUCAAAAAUCAGUACCAGCUGAAAGUUUAAAAAAAAUAAAAUACUGUAACUGACAUGUCCAGACGGAAAGCGGAUUGUUGUGUAAAAUGCAACUGCUGCAUCGCGAUUCACCCAUAAUACUGUGUCGUCAUCGGUAUACCCGAAACAUGUCAUUGGAUUCCUUGACCAAUAGAUGUGCUGUUGGGUUUUUGUACGCGUGACGUCCUUGUCAAAAGCGUUGCUUUUAACAUCUAUUAAAAAUCUCAUUAAUAAUUCACGAGGAAAAUGCAAAAGAAAUGAAAUAAGAAUGUUUAAUCAAUGUUUGUAAAUUGCAUAAAGAUUUGUCCUGAUUUACAUAAACUUUAGCUUUGAUUUUCUCGGCUUGAGGCGGUUUUCCAGUUCUCGCAUGCGAGUGCUUGCAUCUAAUUAAAAUUAACUGUUUCGCAUUGUGAUUGGAUGAAAGUGCUCAUGCAUGCACUCGCAGCGAGCUGCGAGGAGCUUCGUGCGAGGACUGGAAAACCGCCUUUAGACAAUGUUUAUUUUUAAAAUUACUUCGCCAAUGAACUCAUAAGAUGGGUCGUUUUUAUAUAAGCACGUUAAAAACAUUCGCAUCCGAUCUUUAUCUGAUAUACAAACUCUCGCCUUCGGUUCGAGUUUUUAUAUCAGAUAAAGAUCGGCUGUUUUAUCUAGUACUUUUAUCUCUAUUCUAACUCUCUAUUCUUUUCCCUGUAGUGCAAAAAAUUGAACUUAUUAUUUGUUGGUAAGAAUGUUUUAUAUGUACAGUAUUUUGAAACAUGAAAUUCUUGUUUCUUUUUAUCAUUCAUCAUUUAAUUGUAAAUAAUGCAGAAUAUGGUUUAUUCUCUCAAGGGACACCUCAAAGUGAUGCAAUCAAUUGUAUCACCACUCACAGUGAACUGGUCAUCACAGCUGCAGGAAACGAAAUCAAAGCAUGGAAAAGAGGAAAAGAG